AACAAAAGUGAGACAGAACUAGGAAGGGAAAACGAGGGGAAGGGAAAGAAAAACCACAGCAAGAGCAACGCUAUGGAAACCAUUCUUUAAACGGUUACUAUAGCAACCGCAAAGCGGCAGGCCAAAAAGAAGGGUGGAGCAAAACAAGCGCCGUAUUCUUCCGUUCCAGAAAAGGGCGGGUCUUCCACAGUGGACAGCCAAUGGGAAGGCGGAGGAAAUACAAAUGCCUCCUGGCGGGAGAAUGUUGCAAUUACGUGGGGAAAGAACAAGGAAUGCCAGACGAUGACGCAUGCGCAGAGCAGCACAGGUUUACCUACCCAUGGCCGACCAAGAGACCGUAGCACUUGUAGUGGACAACGGCACCAGAAACUGCAGAGCAGGAGUUGCAGGAGAGGACCUCCCCAGAGCAGUACUUCCUUCCAUCGUUGGGAGGCCCAAACAACAGAGUGCAGUGGAAGACACCGCCAGGAAGGCCUACUAUGUGGGAAGUGACGCUCAGAGCAGGAGAGACCUCUUGACCUUGAGGUGCCCCUUUCAAAAUGGCUUUAUUACCAACUGGGAUGACAUGGAGAAAAUCUGGCACCAUGUUUUCUACAAGGAGCUGCAGGUGGCCCCGGAGGAACAUCCAGUCUUGUUGUCCGAGCAUUCCAGGAACUUCAGGAACGACCGGGAGAAAAUGACCCAGAUUAUGUUCGAGAGCUUCAAUGCGUCAGCCUUCUACUUGGCCUUCCAAGCCGUUCUCUCCCUCUACGCUUCCGGCCGCAUCACUGGAGUCGUUCUGGAUAUAAAGAACGACCGGCUGGAUCCUGUCCCCGUCUACGAAGGCCAUGCUCUCCGCCAUGCUCUCUUCCGCAUGGAGCUGGGCGGCGAAGACCUGACCGACUUCCUUCUGCAGGCGCUGAAUGAAAGAGGCUACCGCAUCAAAGCGGAAGAGAGGGAGAUGGUGGAGGACAUCAAGGAGAGGUUGUGCUACGUGGCCCCGGAUAUUGUGAAAGAAAUAGCCACCGCUACACCCUCCUCUUUGGAAAAGCAGUAUGAGCUACCCGACGGGCAGGUGAUUACCAUUGAUACCGAGCGUUUCAAGUGCCCCGAAGGCCUCUUCCAGCCCAGAUACCUGAACAAAGAAUGUUGUGGCGUCCACGAGACUGUCUGGCAUGCCGUGAUGCAGUGUGACCGGGAUCUCCGCGGCACAAUGUUUAAAAAUGUCGUGGUGGCGGGUGGCACCUCCAUGUUCCCUGGCUUUGCUGAAAGGUUGCAGACGGAGCUGGUGCCACUGGUUCCCUCGAAGGCGGAGGUCAAGGUCAUUGCUCCCCCCAAUCGCACAUGCUCAGCGUGGGUUGGGGGAUCCCUCUUAGCGUCUCUCCCUCACUUUCAGCAAAUGUGUAUCAGCAAAGAGGAAUAUGAGGAAUUUGGCCCAGCUCUUGUACGCCGGAAGUGCUUUUGAGGGUUUUGGGGUUUUUUUUGCCGCUUUUGCCACAUGUCGAAAUAGUAGA